AUGCCGGCUGUAGAAGCUCUUCCAGUCAGGCCACAUCCUCUUGGCUGGGCUUAUAUGAGAGAAUAUUGGUGGCAAUUUGCUCUUAUUGGAGUGUUGCUAUUCACAGUCGCCGUUGGCUCCAUGUCAAUCGUAUAUUCUGGAGUAAGGAGACUUAUCAAAUACUACAAGUCGAGACCGCCACCAGACAAUGUGCCCUCCAGGGUAUCCAAUCGUCUCAUCAAGCUAGCCAACCGAGAACUCAACUUGAUCGACAGACGUCCGCGGAAGGGAAAGCCCGACAGUUUUGGGGUCUACCUGGGAAGCUUCGAAAACCCACCUACCGUCUCGCAAGAAAGGCUUCUGCAGGAAUGGGAUGUAUUGGUUGUGGAUCCCUUCCAGGCAGGUGUCGCGAAGGCUAUUUCCAAACACGAACGCAGCCAAGUACUGGGACGUGUUGAUUUUGGGAAAAUCAUUCCUUCAAACGCAUCGGCCUUGACCGUUAUCGAAACGAUCGAGGAAUUACUUGCAAGUAGAUUUCAUGAUACUGCAUUUUCCGGUGUUCUCCUCGCGAACUGGGAAAAUGUGCUCCGUCCUACUGCUCGAAGAAAGCUUCUCGAGACCAUCAGCAGCCUCGGCCUGACAGUCUACCUCGAGUCAGAGCCACCAAAUUUCUUGAAGGACCGAAAGGCUGUGCAGAGUGAUGCCGUGGCGGGCUUGGUCAUUCGAAACGCUAGCAUCACUCCUCAGGGCGAAAAACGGGAUUAUUUCCAGAUGGCCGAGCUACAAGCAACAAUCAAGGCAUUUGUUUCUGAGUCUUGCAUGAGAGACUUUGUAGUAAUGGCCUGGGAAACAAUCGACAACAAUGUCACUGUUCCCAAUGCUAUAGUCCGCAGAUCUAUCCAAUGGUGCGGAUUUUACAGCGCCAUUACCUGGAUCGGCCACAAAGCUGCUCUUCUCGAUGCAGAUCUCAAUGUUACAACUCUCGAACCUCUUCCUGCGUUUGGUUGGUUGAAGGAAGCAGAAAUAAUGAAGGCCCACGAUACCUGGCGUGCCAAUCUGAAUAUCAUGCCUUCGUCGGAUAACAAGGCUGGCUGGGACAAUCUCAAGCCUCUUUUCCCAGCUAUUGAUAAGCUGCUACAUUCCUCUGAAUAUGAUUCUAAGGCUCCCGAUAGCCCGACUGCUCGACUACGUGACCCUCCAGAAUGGGUCGCACAAGUCAAGUCACAGGGCAGCCCUCUCUCUAUCUCCAUGUCAGGGAUGGCCUACAAUUCGCUUGGCUGCUUCCCUCUCGGUUCAGACUCAACUCCACUCGCCUUUGCAGAAAUUGUUCAAUCUCAACGACGCCUCAAGUCUCUCAACCUUCUUCAUCCCGUUCCAGCAAGCAAAAUCCAAAGCAUUGGGCUUCUUCUACGUCAAUUUCAUGACUCCCUAGAUAUCUCCGAAGAUGACGAUCAUUUAGCCAACACUAUAAAGGAACUUGCUAAUUGGGCAUCCAACGAUCUGUUGCACGUGAAUCUUUGUCUUGACUCUGGCCUACGUAAGAGCUCUGAUUUCCGCUUUUGGGCCGUCUUUGAUAUGGAGCAUGAUGGUAUUGAGAUUUAUGUAUCCAAAAAUGCGCAAGGACUGGCUGGAACUAUUCUUCACACCUUCCUCUCGGCAAAGGGCUUUCCCCGGCAUGAUUGCUUCGAGGCUGAAGCUACCUUCGCGGCUUGGUCUCAGGAUAUUUCCCACGACACUGGCCUUCCGCGUCGACUGGUUCAAGAUAUCGAUGUUCUCAGCCCUGAAGAGCGCCUUCUUCUCUUGCAGCACCUCUAUCUGACCGAUUCACAUAGCGAACUAUCUGAAGCCAUCUGUAAAUACAUUUGCAGGCAACUGGUGGACGCCCCUUCUUUUACUCAGUUGAAAACGUUAAAUACCGUUGGGUACCUUGAGAAAUCUACCUCCCCCGAGGAUCUGAUUAGGUCUCGUAUCAACUGGUACCUAGAUCAGGGAUGCAAAUACCCGUCUCUCGAUGUCUGCAUAGAGCUUUUCCAUCAAGCCGACAGUGUACUCUCCGACAUUUUGAGAUAUCGCCGGGAGGAUGACCUCGCUGCCAUUACUAGUGGUCUCUGCGCGCUUCUUCAAAGUGGCUCCGUUGACACGUAUGUGGAUAUGAUGGCCCUUUCUCUUUUCUGCGCCGCAAGACGGGGAGCCUUUGAUGAGAUUUACGCAGAAGUGACCGAUCGGAAUCCCCUAUUCAACAACCAUACCGAUCAGGCUGCCGCCUUCGCCGAGUCAUUUGCCCUUGGAUCGCGAUGUGAAGCUUACUUCGACGUGUCCCCCAGCGUUUUCGGGAAGUUGCUAUCAGACCGGUUCAGGGCUUACUACGGAGACCAUCAGCCGCCGAACUGGGUGAACGGUGCCCCGCAGCUCGCUACAUCGUACGCCGGAGCUCAGAUUGAUGUUAAUCCUGAUGAGCAGCCUAAGUCUAUGCCUGGAUACCAGCGAUUCACAUUUUUGAGUGUCUUUGCGAUUCCGGCAUUGAUUGAUAUCGUCAUGCUUACCCUGAUUGGCCGUGGACUCUAUCUCUCUGCUGCCAUGUCUCAUGAGGACCAGGACAGUGCGACUAUGGCUCUGAUGAUCUCUCUUCUCCUUUCCGGUGCAAUUGGUACCUGGAUUGCAUGCGGUGGCCCAUACUACCUCAUCUCGAUGGCCUUUGCAGCAGCGAACAUGUUCGUUCUUAUUCGCCUUAUCGCUGGUAUUGCAUUCACUGUGGCCGGCGGCUUGAUUGGUUUUGUUGCCAUUUCGAGUGUUCGAGGUCCUCGCGCUGGUGGCAUCUUCUACCUUUACUUGGUCGCUCUGACACUCUACUUCUCGAUUUUCGCCUCGCUUGCAAGCUUCAGUUAUCCCGGUUCGAGCUUUUUGUCUGGUCGUAAGUCAAUUAUCCUGUGCAUUCCGAUCCUUUUCUUGUCUCCGAUCAUCACCGCCUGGACUGGCCACGACUCAGUUGUCUAUCUCGCUGUUAUCUAUCUCUUCAUUGGUGUGCUUUUGCUCUGCCUGCGUUCAGUUACCUCCAAAUGGGUCACUUGGUACCAAUCCGUGCGACGCACCGAUGAUACUGAGAUCCGUAAGUGGUAUGUCACUACCUAUGGAAAAGAUGAUGAGAAGGUGUUUGCGGGCAUGAGUGACCCGGCUGCCCUCAAGCUGGCGAGGGAAGCCCUGUUGAAGGACGUCUUAACUGAGACGAAGCGUGGCAUGUUCACAAGGGCAUCUAAAGAUAAAAUGGUCGUUGAGCUCGCUGGGGACUGGGAUUCCACCAAUUUCCUUCUCGACUGGUAUUGCCGCUAUGCAGAUGUUCCGAGGCCGAUUCCGUUCAGCUCUGGUUGGAAUAUCCAAACCAAAGUCGCACUUGACACCCUGCGCAACUCCCAGAAAGGUCUUCGUCUGCACAAUGCAUUCGUUCACUGGCGUCAAUCAAGCAAAGAGAUUGGAUGUGGUGUCCUCUACUUCGUUAUCGCGCUUCUCGACAAAUGGGCACAACUGCUGAGUGGUAACCGCAUGCUUGGUCUCACCGGUGAGAUUCCCACCGAUCAGGAGAAUGAUGCCAAUCGAAUGGCUGUUGGCUUCGCCCUCGCCUACUAUUUGAUCGGAGCCGUGCUCAUUGAUACCAAGGCUCAAGAGCUCAAUGACGCACUUGGUGGCAACGCCCCUAUUUCCGUCAGAUCUGCAAAGGACAUUCGGGCGGCUCAGAAGAAAGAGGUACAACUACGGCGAAAUGUAUACUGGCGAGUCCUUUUUAGAUUCCUCUUGUGGCAUGUCUGGAGUCUUGCGCUUGCCACUGCUCUCAUUUGGACCUUCCAGGCAUCGCUUGAAGGCGUGAUUGUUUUCUUCUGUUACGUUCUCGCUUAUACUGGUUUGAUCUGGUACCAAUACACAAAGAUCUUUACGGGGCCUCAUGCGCUGAAGCCUCUCCUCAUUGGUAUCUGUAUCGGAUUGCCAGUUGGUAUCGCGCUCACAGUUUGUCUACCAAAAUUCCCAUACUCGCAGGUCAUUGGACUCGGAUCUGCCACCUGGACCGUUGCAAUCCUCUCGAUCUGGAAUGCCAAAAUGGGUAUGCCAAUCAAAUUGAAUUCUUCAGUGGAACUUGACCGCACCUUCCAUGCGUUUACAACGCCUUGGUCGGACCCCGAAUGGUCCCAGCAAGAGCUUCAGACCUUCUUCGAAAGCUAUUCACUACUUCCUUCCGAUUCCCGUUUCAGGCUCAAUCCUAGUGUCCAUCCUGCCGUCGAAAUUAAGAGUGCUAUGAUGUCUUGCAGAGAAGAACUUAGGAUUGAAGAGGCGUUUCCCUCCUCCAGGGAUAUUGUCAACACUGCGAUCGCAUCGUGGGAGAAGGGCGACAUUGUCAUUGAGCUUGUCUCUUCUGGCUCUCUCGGUCCCGGCAUUCGAGCUCUCAGCUGUAGCACCGGAAACCAGUUGAAGUUGGCCAUCACGGUGGGAGGACUCCUAGACGAGCGCCUUGAUAUCAGCGCAAAUUGUCAGAUCAUUGCUGAAAUCUUGCUUCAUGCAGUCACAGAGCUGAUGAUGGGUAUUCCUCAUGAAUAUGCAUCAUUGGCAGGAUCAAUUGUCUCCGGUGGAGUGACUCACACAAUGGCUCGACAGCUUCGUGAGGAGGCCAGCACAACAACAGUCGUACGCUGGGCUAAGAAGGAACUCCUCCGACAGCUUUGCCUUGGUUUUGAGGCCGAUAUACAUUGGGACAAGCUGCCAGCCGAUGUUCGGGAUGUGUUAUUGAAGCGUUGCCUGGGUCAACAAUGCAGCCUCUCCAAUAGCCAACGUCAAUGGCUCCAGAAAAACCUUUGCACAUUUGAUACUGACAACCUCGAUAUCCAUGUUGCCCGUUGUAACCUUGGAGCAGCUACUGCAAUUAGUGUUCUCGAUUAUGCUCACUGGGGAACUGGAGAAACGGCUCUUCCUAAAGAGCCCGAGACGUCAAAGUACAUUUCCUACAUACCUCGGAAGCUUCCAACUGCAUUUUCGCUAUUCCGAUCACCAGCUAGCUACAUUUACCACAAGCUAGGAACAACAGUCAAGUUCCUUAUAGUAGCUUUGGUCGCAGAUCCCGAAUUCCAGAGAGAAUUCAAUCACGUCACUCAGACCCUUCCGAUUGUUUUCCGUGUGCCAACUGUCUUCUUAUUUAACAUGAUUUGGGUUUAUUCCAAGAUCGUUCAAGACCUGGGCUUAUCAUUCUUCCUCUUCCAUGGCCGCAAAAACGUCAAGCAGCUGUGGGAAGAGACCAAGGGCAUGACAAUCCAUAUCAAGAAGAGCCAGAUCAUUAUCCAGAGCCUGGAGGGCACUUUUUCCGCCUUUAGGCACCACGAGAUUGAUGGUGGUUUCAAGAUGUACCACUAUGCUGGUGAGCAUAAGACUGAGCCCAAAGUGGUCAAAUCUCUGAAGUACAUCAGCACCUAUUCGAGUGACAUGUUGCUUCUGGUCAAACAGGAGUUCAAGGACGGCAAAGUGACCAACGAGUACCACUAUGACUAUCAAUCCUCCGCUAAGAAGGGCUUCAAACUUAGCAAAUCAUCGACUCGCAUUCCGCUAGGACGUCGUUGCGUGUCAGGGACAAACCAUCUACAAAGCGUCCAGUACAACCGCAAGGGUCUUAUUGAAUCAGGCUCCUACAUGAAGGAUGGCAAUCUUAUCCGCUUCAAAUACCACUAUCGCAAGAACCCCCGUUUCGGUGAUGAGUUGCUCCGAGCAGAGUUCGCCCUAUCCCACAUCAGUUGUACGGUGUCUUGGUGUGCGCCUCCGCGCCGCCAUCCCGAGAAGGUUGAGCGCUGGAUUCCGCACUCCAAAGUCACUGAGGCCAGUUUUGUCCAGGGCGCAGAUGUCUAUGAAAGCCGCUGGCUAUAUGAUCACAAGUUCCAUCCCACCAUUUUUACCACUAUCAACGGGCAGAAGAUGCAAACUCCGCCCAUGAUUGAGCACGAUUAUUUGGGUGUACUGUCCAAGCCGAAGUAUACCAGCUUUGUGUAUGAUAACCCGCUUUUCUACUGUGACAGUCUCCGGUCGAACCUUCUUACUCGAACACUGGGUCUGACGAAGAAGCGCUUUGUGGUGUCGACUUCUCGGGCUCGCUCCUUAAUGUGGAAGGCAUGGAAGGAUCGUGUUGACUUCGAUGCAAUCAUUGUUCGCUGGAUGGACGACCGCAUUCUGCGUAGAGAUAAAGUCCUUGCCCCUUACUGGCGCAGCCGUGACUGGGGUAAUCUUGGAUCAGCAAAGAAGUAUGUGGAUCUCCGCGCCGAUGCGAUCAUGGCUAGUGCGGAUCUAGAUGGCAACAUUUCCAGCUGGACACCACUCGCUGUCAAGCUCACCGAUCUACUUAACUUCGGCCCUGGCGGCGAUGCUGUUGUUAACACCCGUUCUAAGAACUUUGGCAAAGAUACAGAAAAGACGCUCCAUGUCAUGGCGGCAGACAAUGGUACCUGGCCUAAUGAAGGUGGCGGUGUCUCUGCAUGCCGACGGGAUAUGAUCAACUCGCUUCGAACUAUCAAAUGGCACAUGAUUUGCGAGUCUGCAAACGAUUUCGGUGUCCCCAAACAUCAGACUGAACAGAAUAUCCAGUCUCUCAAGCUCAUCCCGCUUUGGGGUAUGGACUUCCUCACUCCAACUCACGGUUUGUUCCAGAACAAGCUGGAUGCUGAGGUGGACAAUGUUACAUCCGCAAGCGGGCUCGACAUUAAGAUGAACUUCAUUCCGAUUCUCGCAGCUUUGGUUAAGGGUGCCCGUGCAGUUCAUCUCUCAAAGUCUGACAUCCACCAGGCGACUCGAGCGCUUGUGAAUUUGAACACAUACUUCCAGGAGUCCCGUCAUUGGACUCAGGUGUGGAACAGUGAAAUAGUAAAGCAGAGCUGGCGGGAGUUGUGGCUGACCCAGGAAAUGCCAAACACCAUCCCAUCAUCCGACUGGUUCGAUACUGAGCUUCCUACAUUGGCAUCCCUCGAUGUCGCCUUGGAGCUCUGGUACCGCUACCUCUUCAUCUUUUCGAUUCCGGUUCCUGAAAAGAUUCCUUCGACCUUCCAAGCCUCGCAUCACAGCGUCAGUGCCUCGUACGGUGUUGUAUGCAAGAUCAAGCGCAACUGUACCUUGCAGAUUUGGGACCACGCCAUCAGUUGGCGUGAAACCAAUCUGUGCCUGUCAUCUGCCCUGUGCAAACUCUCACCAUUUGUUCGAAACGCGCUUCUUGGGUUGAUGCGAAUUACUUCCGUCUUGACCCUUCACCACGCAGACAUCAUCCUUCCCUGUGCGGACUUCUUCAACCCCGGUUGGGAGGUCGAGAUUGGUACCUGCCAGGGCACGAUUGAGCACCGAAACACUUUCCGCCGAAAAAUCGAUCCCGUCGUCAACGGUAUCACUGACAUGCAGAAGUUUUCUCCAGUCAAGGAAAUUAAAUCCGAGCGUCCGACUGUGACCAUGUUGUCCCACGUUUGGUAUGCAAAAGAUAUCAAGACUGCCCUCCUCGCUGCCGAUAUCAUCAUCAACCAGUGGAAGUUCGACGAAUACCACCUAGACAUCUAUGGCGCCAUUGAUAAGGCCCCGACUUACUCUACCGAGUGUCAAGAGAUCAUCGCAUCGAAGGGUCUUCGUGGCAGAGUCACACUCCGUGGAACUGCCGACCCCAUGAAGGUCCUGGAGAACACAUGGCUUUUCCUAAACUCAUCUCUCUCUGAAGGUCUCCCCCUUGCCUUAGGAGAGGCUGCUCUAACUGGGGCCCCCGUCGUCUGCACGGACGUCGGUGCUUCCCUCCGAGUACUCAGCGACCCAGAUGACUUCUCCCGCUUCAGUGCCGUCGUCGCACCAAACGACGCCCUCGCCCUCGCAAAGGCCCAAAUCGGCAUGCUUGCCAUGCUCGGCGAAUGGAGCAAACACAGCGACGAUACAUCACCCGCACCAGUCCUUACCUCCUCCCCCACACCUGAGGAAGUAGCAGCCAUCACUCGCCGUAUGUACGAGAAGAGCGAGCACCGUCGUAAACUCGGCAUGAUGACCCGCAAGAUUGUUCAGAAGUCCUUCAGUGGUGACCGUUACCUCCGCGAGCACGAGCAGAUGUUGUGGAUCGGCAAAUCCGCCAAGAUGAUGGCCAGCCGUGCAGCUGGCGACCCGAUCGAGCCGGCGGACGUGGCAGCCGCCAUAGAGACUGGCGUUGAUGAAGAGAUCAUCACCAUCCCGCGAGGUGUGGUACACUCAUGGCGCUCGUCUGCCCAAUCCGGUAUAUCCACGAUCUACAGUUCUGCGUCUCAGCUACCCGGUCGCGGCGGCUACUACAGUCGCCAAUCUGAUAUCUCGGCUAUGAGCAUUAGCAAUGUCUCCACGGAUACCGAGUCAUUCGGUCGCCUACCUGUCUUUGCGCCGAAGUACGCGAUUUCCAACGGCGGCUCCCCGCGUAACAGGUCGCCGUCACCCAUGUGGUCCUCUAACCAUCGGCUAUCUAUGCUAAAUGCCCCUCCUCACACUCCCUCUGGUCCUCAAUCAUACUCGCGCUCCGUCUCAACUGUUGGCCGGGAACAGCUGCGUGGUUUGCAACGUGAAGACUUCCUUCCGUAUCGAAACUCGGAUGUUAGUGUCGCAAAUCAAGAUGACUUCAUUCGGGCUGGCGGGCUUUCUCCUAGUGGUUGA